ACGCAAAGAGCUCGAAGAGCGAAAAAAGACGAUUAUUUUUUAACUCUUGAUUAUGGUUGCGAAUUUGACACUCUGUUAACUACAGAUGAGAUGAGCUCCGACAUCCCCUGUAGUUCUAUUAAGGAAGAUAUACCAGCAUUAAGCCUAAUCGCUAGAGAAAUUGAAGAUUCAACGGCAUGUCACAACAGUGACAGUAGAAACAAGAGAAGCUCAAAGUCCCAUGCAACAGAAGACAAUCAUGGAGGAGAGAGUUCUAUCAGAAAGAAGGAUUUUAAAACGACAGUAAGAAGACGAGGAUCCAGUAAAACUUGGGAACAAGGAAAUGGUUUUAUUUCUACAAGAGAAUAUUCCUCGAGACCCUCAUCUCCAGUGAAACCUUCUCAAGAGAGAUAUCUAUCGUGGGAAACUUUAAGUGAUCGACGAUCGUCUUCGGAGUCUACUAAAGAUACGUCGAAGAAACUCACUGUUAGAGAUAUUUCUCCUGUAGACGACUCACAUCACGGGUCCUACAGUGACUUUUUGCAACAGCAGGAGAUUUAUUCUUCUCCUUCUGAGAGCUCCUUGGAAGAACGUUUUCAUCAGGAAGAGAAGGAGCGUAGACGCAAAGAGCGAAUGAAGCGUCGCUCCAAAGUCCACCGACAGAAGAGUUAUGUGGAAGAUCCAAGUUCAGAUCCAACUUUUUACUUUCAGAAAAGUAAAAGAAGGAGUUCUUUGGAAUCCAGCAGUGCCACUGAGAGCUUCGAGAAGGAUCUGAAUUACGUAUCGAAACGCCGUCAUAACCUAAAGGUACCCCACGCUGCAGAGAAGCCACUUCGACAAAUCGCAUCUGAAAGUGAGUUGAAAGUGAGGAAGAGCAGCUGUGAAAGCUCUGAUGCUAGUGACAACAGUGUAAAUGUAAACACGUACGGUGAUCAAAGCCUUUAUUGUGGAGCCCCCGAGAGUUAUCAUAGUGGUGAAAGACUAGCAGUUAAACACAAGUCCAUACGCUCGUCAGAUGCUAGAUUUAGCCCAACAGGGACAGGGGAUAGCUCCAUGUCCCCUGACGAACAUUCCCACUGUUCUACUGAUAAGUCUUGCUCAGUAGAUGAGGGGGAUUCCUUCACAAGAUCACGUAUAAGAAGGAGCAUUCCGUCAGUGCUAGUUGAUUCCGUUGUCGACCACCAGAGGUCUGCUAGUGUAUCUCUUUUGACCUCUGGUCACUAUAUAGUGGACACUCCUUUUCCAAGAAGAAGCAGCGUGAAGCCUCAACUUCCCGUACCAGAAAACCAGCUUGGAUUAUACCCCUGUUCACAGGGGAAAACACGCAGUACUCACUCCCUGGACUUGCCAAGGGAAGAGACUGGUUGGACCGAACGUAGAGCAUCGGCUCCAGAGGGGGAAAACAUCCAGAUAGUUAUUGAUGACGUGGACUCUGAUCUAAGCG